AUGUCCCUUGCGUCAGGCCCUGGCCCCGGGUGGUUACUUUUUUCCUUUGGAAUGGGGCUGGUAUCAGGGUCAUGUCCAAAUAAUUGUCUGUGUCAAGCCCAAGAAGUGACCUGCACAGGGAAGCAGUUGACCGAAUUCCCCACUGACAUCCCCCUGGACACCCGGAGGCUCUUCCUGAACGAUAACAGAAUCACUAGUUUGCCAGCAAUGCACCUAGGACUCCUCAGUGACCUUGUUUACUUGGACUGUCAGAACAACCAGAUCCAAGAGGUGAUGGAUUAUACCUUCGUCGGGGUCUUCAGACUCAUCUACCUUGACCUCAGCUCCAACAACCUCACCUACAUCUCCCCAUUAAGUUUCUCGGUGCUCACCAACCUGGUGCAGCUGAACAUGGCCAACAACCCUCAACUGGCAUAUCUUCACAAGUACACCUUUGCCAACACCACCUCUCUGAGACACCUGGACCUCAGGAACAACGGCUUGGAGACCUUGGACCACAAUGCCUUCAGGCAUCUCCUAGCACUGGAGAAACUGUAUCUGAGCGGGAACCCCUGGAAUUGCAACUGCUCUUUCCUGGACUUCGCCAUCUACUUGCUAGUGUCCUACUUGGACCCCUCAGAUGAGCUAAAUGCCACAUGCGUGGAUCCCCUACAGCUGAAGGGGUGGCCCAUCACGCGGGUGGGGAACCCCCUGCGGUACAUGUGCAUCUCGCACCUGAACAUGAAAGACUACAUCUUCCUGCUGCUCAUCGGCUUCUGCAUCUUCGCUGCAGGCACGGUGGCCGCCUGGAUCACCGGCAUGUGCGCUGUGCUCUACCAGAACGCCCGCCGCAGGUCCAGCCAAGAUGAUGGGGACGACGAGGCUGGGCAGAGGGUGGCCAUCAACAAGGGGAUUUUUCAAACCAAGGUUAACUCAAACCCGCAGUUCCCUCAGCUUAUUUAG